AGAUCAGUUAGAAUAAUGAAUGAAAUAAGGUUUGAUUUAUACUUUUCUUAUACAAUCGUCAUCAAUAUCGACGUUCGCAAGGGUGAUGAUCGUCACGAGAUGGUCAGAAGCAAUACCACACAAAUUACGCAAAUGCCGGUCUUUAACAGCACGUAUAAAUACGGAAGAUCACAGGGAGGAUCCUUAGUACUGUCCAAGGAGAUCGACACGAUAAGAAUAAUGUCUCGUACCGUCUGUAUAGUUUUACUCGUGGCCACGGUCGCCGUGGCCAUUGUGUCGAGCGAGAAUGUCGAAUUAUAUUCGGACAAGUACGAUUACGUUAACGCUGAUGAUAUUUUAGCCAACGAUCGACUACGCGAUCAGUACUUUAACUGUUUCAUUGGGGCUGGACCCUGCUUGACUCCUGAUGCGAAAUUGUUCGGAGGAAAUUUUCCCGAAUCACUCGUAACGCAGUGUAAGAGAUGCACCGAGAAACAAAAGAUCUUGUUCGAUAAAGUGGUUCUAUGGUACACAGAAAAUCGUCCGGAGGAGUGGAAAAAGGCGGUUGCGAUAUUCGUAGAAACUGCCAAAAAGAAGAAAAUCGUGAGCUAAAGAAUUGUUUUGAUAAGUUUCUAUGAUUUUACGUAUUAAUUCGUCUUCGAUCACAUGCAUAAGCGUUAAAAGUAAUAUUGUUGAAAUAUCAUACAUAGGGAGAUAUUAAAUAAUAUUAAAAAAUGUCUGUGUUCUUAACCUAUUUCCUAAAGUGAAAUCCAUGUGAUUAAGUUUCUAAUUGAUUUAAUGAAAUAAUCUUGACGAUAAUUAAUGGUCAUGAAUCGUAUAAUGAAAAACAAUACUUUAUAAUAUUAUAGAAAUGGCAA